AUGUUUCAAACAGACGACAGCUAUGACGUGCCCAUCGACCCCAAGCAGCAGGACAAGGCCACCAGGUUAAGGCUAACCAGCUUCCGACGCCCGCACAUGCGAGCCUUCCACUUCGCGUGGUUCGGAUUCUUCAUGGCCUUCGUCUCCUGGUUCGCCUUCGUCCCCCUCAUGAAGGAGAUCAAGGGUGACCUCGGCAUGACCAAGCUCGAGGUGUACAACGCCAACAUCUCGUCCGUGUCCUCCACAGUGCUCUCGAGUUUCAUCGUGGGCCCCCUCUGCGACACCUUCGGUGCGCGCAUCAUCUCCAGCACCCUGCUCAUCAUGAGGUGUAUCCCGACCGCCUUCGCCGGCGUGGUGAACAGCGCCACCGACGUGGCCAUCAUCCGCUUCUUCAUCGGCGUGAUGGGCGCCACGUUCGUGUGCACGCAGUUCUGGUCCUCGCAGAUCUUCGCGAAGGAGUUCGUCGGCACGGCCAACGCCACUACCGGAGGCUGGGGAAAUCUGGGCGGCGGUGUCACUCAGUUCUUGAUGGUCGGAAUCUGGAACGCCUUCAACACUGGCUAUGACAGCGAGACCACGUGGCGUCUCUCGUUCGUCGUGCCGGCGGCCAUCGUGUUCUGCGUUGCCGUGGGCCAGCUGUUCCUCGCCGACGACUGCCCGAAGGGUAACUACAAGGAGCUCGAGGCGCACGGCGCCAUGACUCGCAAGUCCUCCGCCGUCUCCUUCAGAAAGGGCUACAUGAACGUGAACUCUUGGCUCAUGUUCCUCCAGCACGCCGCCUGCUUUGGCGUUGAGCUGACCGUCAACAACGUGGCCGCCAACUACUUUUCGGACGAGUUCGACCUGUCUACCUCCAAGGCUGGUAUCGUGGCGUCGUUGUUCGGACUCAUGAACCGCUUCGCUCGCUCUCUGGGUGGCAUCUGGUCCGACUUCCUGUUCGCCAAGUUCGGCGGUGGCGUUACCGGCAUGCGCGGACGCUUCUUCGCGCAGUGGUCCGCUCUCCUGUGGGAAGGCUGCUUCCUCUUCCUCUUCACCUACAUGAACACGCUUGAUGCGGCCAUCCCCAUCCUCAUCCUCUUCUCCGUGGGCGUGCAGAUGGCGGAGGGCACCUCGUACGGCAUCGUGCCGUACAUCGUCCCAGACGCGACGGGCGCGGUGUCGGGCAUCGUGGGCGCCGGUGGCAACUUCGGCGCGGUGAUGUGGGGUCUGAUCUUCCGGUUCGCGGGCAGGAGCGAGAGGGCGGUGUUCCGAAUCAUCGCGGCGUUCGUGGUGGGCCUGUCGUGCCUUACGGCUCUCCUCAAGAUCCGCGGGUACGCCACGUGCUUCAUCGCCCCCAAGGGAGAACCGGACUCCAUCGCGUACAUCAAAGACUCUUCUCGUGUCAAGAUUGGUUGA